AUGUUCUCCAUUUUGAAUACUAACUUGAAUAAAGUUACAAGGAAGAAUUUCAAACCUUUAAUACCUGAAAGAAGGGAUGGCAUUAAUUGUGUACAGAAGAAAGUCAAAAUUGAAAAUAUCGUGGGUACUAAAUACCGUUCAAGAAAUGGUUGCACUUAUUGUAAAUCAAAGAAACGGAAGUGUGAUGAAGGGACUCCUUGUGGUUUAUGUGUGAAGAAAGGUAUAGAAUGUCAGUAUAAACACAAAACCAACAAUUCCGCUGGGAAUAUCCUGAUAAAAUCCAAGUUAUUAGACAUUACUGAUAAGAGUUCGGAGAAGGACCCCGUUGAUAAUAUAAGUGAAAAAGCUUUAAUACUAUUUGACAAAUCUGGCCAAACAAGCGAUUAUGUCGUUGAUGAUAAAAUAGAGGAAAUAAAUAUCUGUAGGACACCGAAAAGUUAUUUUGAAUUCUUUAAUGAUGAAAAGGUCAAAUAUUUUGUGGAUUUUUUCGAACAUAAAGUAAGUCCAGUAUUAGCUGUCACCACAGAGGAUUAUAAUUAUUUUAGUAAACUUUUCCACAGAUUGGCUACCCAUGAAAAACUGUUCACCAUGUUAAUUUGUGCAUGGGGCGCUUUAUAUUCCAAAGAUAGGAAGGUCGAUAAUGAAGUCAAGCAUUAUCUUAAUCAAUCUUUAGUAAGUUUCAAUAGUAAUUUCAAUAAUAUUAAUCAUAGCACCAAUAGCUACUUCAAAAUCGUUUACUAUUUGAUGUUGAUAGGUUUCAAUAUUUGUUCAGGGGAUGUAAAUGUUUGGGAUGAAUUAUUUACUGAAUUACAUCAAAUUAUAGUCUAUUAUGGUGGAUUAUUGAAGUUAGGAAGAGAUUUCAAUUAUUCUAAUGAAAUCAUUUUCCUUAUUUUAAACUUCCAGUAUCAUGAUUUAAUGUCUUGUAAUUCCUUUGCCUUUGGAACGAAAUUUCUUAUGCUGGAAUAUAAACAAGUUUUGAAUGAACUUCAUUUUAAAGAGAGUGAAUACGGGUUAGACACUCUUCAAGGGUUAAAUCACCCUAUUUUAACAGUUAUGGGAGAAAUCAUCAAUGAUGUUAAUGGAUUAGAGCCCAUUGAUAGUGAGGUUUUAUGGUAUAGAAUUAAUCAUGUGACUCCCAAUUAUCAACUAGUAAAGCUUUUAUCAGAAUCGGAUCAAUUAUUGCACGUGAAUUCAUUUGAAAUUUACCGUUCGUGCUGCAAAAUCAUGUUCAAGUUAUACGUUCAGCAUACUAAACCUAAAUAUUUACAUUCGCUUCUUCUGGAAACCAUUGAUAAGUUCAAUCACUUACUUGGAACUAGAAUGACAAUUAUACUUUGUUUACCGUUGAUCUUGUGUGGUGUUUUGAGUUAUACUGAUGAUGACAAACAAAGAUUAGCCUCGUUAUAUUCUAGAAUCGAAGAUAUUUGUGCUAUAGAUAACGUUAUUAAAAGUUGGAAUUUGAUUCAAAAAUUUUGGUUGGUUAAUGAUGGAGAUUUCAUAGUUAAUUGGUCAGCUGUAUGUAACAGUGAAUAUGGGAACUUGUGUGUAGUAUAA